GGCCGGGGAGACAGGACGACUAGGAGAAGGAGGGGGGGCAGUCCACCAGCCACACAUCCGCUGUCUGUUUCUAGUGGAUCCGCCGUACAGCGCAGCUAAGCCCGACGUAAACGAGCCAUCCUCCCCCGGGCUGAGAGCAGGAAUUCCCGGCCGAGCAGUGUCCACUAAGGGUCCGGAGUAGCCUUCACUUCACUCCAGCGAAAGGGGACAUCUGAGGACACGGAAAGUGAGCUGCGAGGCUGCGUCAUGUGAAGAACGGUCAACCUCUUGACCGUCUCAACUGUGAUUCUGAGUCUAACCGACCAGGCGGGAUUUUGUGGCUACGACCUGACCCCGCCCCUCCAAGGCCUCGGGCAUGCCUCAGCCGGGUAUGAAUGGCAUGGAGCCUGCUUUUGGCGAGGCAUAUGGAGGUCAUCGGACUCUACUCAGCCACUACCCAAUGGCCAUGUCACCACAAGGGGGCAGGACGGAGUACGACCAGAGCAUUCUCCUCAUGCUGGGUUCACCGGCAUCCCCCCGCAAACGGCCUUUUGAGCUGCUCAGUGACCUCGUGGACGACGGGGGCCUGGGUGAGGAUCUGCACGCCGAACGCUGGGACGUGUCGGCUCUGGACGAGAUGUCUCGGUACACAAAGUUGGGUUUGGGCGUGGCCUCCGAGGACGCCGUGCUCAUGGGCCGAUGGGGGCGGAGCCGAGAGGAGGACAAGCCGCCCGAGAGGACGACCAAAGACGAGUCGGUUGGUGUGGGACCAGGACAGGACGGAGAUGUGAGGAAGGAGAAGACUGUCGAGGUGCUCCAGUCACAGGCCAUAGUCCCGCCUCAGGGGACGCCGAAGGAGGACCACCAGGAGGCGCCGGCAUCGGGUUUACCCCUGGAGCACUGCAGCGAGGAGCACAACUACUCCCUCAGUCAGGGAGGAGAGCCGGCCAUCACUUACGGCGUGCAGGGGGAGGCGCAGCCGCAGCGGGAGGAGGCGCAGCAGGAACAGGCGGACGGGGAGGGCAAGCUGGACGAGGAGGACGAGGAUGAGGAAGAAGAAGAUGAGGAUGAGGAGCUAGAGGAGGAGACUGCAGCCGACCUCUCGAGCUCAUCGGAAACGGAGUGCGAGGCGGAGGCGGAGCUUGCCAGGCCAGCGGGCGCGCGGCCGUCCAAGCGCCGCUGCUUCUGGGAGUACCGGCGCUCCCGCGAGUCUGCCGCCAAGAAGAAAACGUGUGGAGGAGGAGGAGGAGAAGGAGGCGGCGAUUGGUCGCUGUCAUGGAGCUCCAGCACGCUGCCCAGCACGUUGUAUCGACGACAAGGCAAGAAGGGGCGACGCAAGGCCCGCAAGACGGACGCCAGCGACCUGACUCCCAACCCGCAGAAGCUGCACAACAUCGGCGAGCAGCUGCAGAAUCUGAACGCCGCCAUCGACGGCAUGGGGCCCGUCAACGACCUCCCCGCCCUCGCCAGGGCCAGGUCGCGCAAGGAGAAGAACAAGCUGGCGUCCAGGGCGUGCCGUCUGAAGAAGAAGGCGCAGCAUGAGGCCAACAAGAUUAAACUGUGGGGGCUCAACCAGGAGUAUGAGAACCUGCUGGGGGCGCUGCUGCGCAUCAAGGAACUGAUCCGGCAGAAGGUGGAAAGCGGCGAGGAAGAGGACACGGACGAGCGAGGAAUGACGCGGCGCCUGGAGGACAUCCUCGCUCAAUCCAGUGGUCCUCUGGUCGCCGGGCGGACCAAAGACUUCGUGCAGAGGAUCCUGGCGGCCAGCGGGGGUCCCAGUCAGCGCAAGGAGCCUCCCCAAGAGGCGGUGCUCUAAACCCCGACCCCCUUGGAUGUCCCUGUCUGAGUGGAUGCUGCUCUUGUAAAAUACUGUACCCCCCCUUUUCUCCCCCCCCCCCUUGCCAUGUGCUGUACUUGUACCCCAUUGUGCCUAUAAAUAGAUAUUGCACUGUUCUGUAGAUGCCCGUAGUGGUCCGUGGGGGUCGGGGGCGCUGAAAGUAGGGGGUUCUCAAACUUGAUGGGUCGAGGGGAGGAAUGUUUCCAAGCUCCCCCCUCUCAUCAUCCUCAAAAGAGUUAAACACGAUUUCCGCGUCUACCUAAAAAUGCCACAGGAGAUAAAUGUUCUGUCCUAGUGUCACAAUACCAAAUUUGAAUAUUCUUUUAUUAUUAUUUUUGGAGUAGAAAACUAAAAAAAAAAAGUCAUAAUCUUGUGGUUUAAAAAAUGGGAAAUCAACAUUUUUGUGUCAUCAUUUGUAAUGUGACGAUAAAAUUGCUUAGGGGAAAAAAUGUCCAUGUUACAAUAAAUUAUGAUUUCUUUUUCAAGCAAUGGAAAAUGUAAUUCUGUUAAAUUCAGGUUUGGGAUGAGAGAAAAAUUGUCCUAAUCGUAAAAUUCUGAUGUUUUAGUUUUAGUUUUUUUUUUUUUAAGAAAAAAAAAUGUGAAUGUAACGAUCUCAAAUUCAGAUUUUUUGCGGGGGGGCGUACUGUUAUUACAAAUAUAAUUUUUUGUUAUUGAGAAAAAUAGGAAUGUUAAAAUACAAAAAGUCACACCAAAAACAUUUUUUAAUUAAAAAAAGGGCAUUAUAUUACCAAAACAAUUUCAUUUAAGAAGACGAUUUUUAAUGUCUUAACUCAAAUUAUUGGGGGCCGGAGUAGAAUGUCCAGAUAAAAAUUCUGAUUUGGGGAACAAAUUGAAUGUUAGGGUAACACAUUUAGAUAAAGUUAAAAUUCUUACAGAAAUAAUGAUAUAUUUAGCCAUGCGAUUUGUUAAUCUAGAAAAAAAAAUAGUUUCACAACCUUUUUUUCUUGAACAAUAUUCAUAUUUGCCUUGUUUCUUCAAAAAUAUCACAAACACUAUUUGAGACGUUUUACCAUCUUUUAUCUCUGACAAAGUAAAUUCUACUUUUAUUUUGGCAAAGGAAAAAAAAACAAUACUUCAUCAUUUUAAUCAAAUUGAAAAUAUAUAAGAUAAAAUUAUGACUUUUCUUCUCUCCACAUUUUUCAUGUCAUUUCCCAACUAAAUUAUUUUCCCGACCCCAUUUCGAGAAACUCUAUUUUCGAGGAUAUGAGGGGGUUACCUUUUUUUUUUUUUUUUCAGCAGCUACACACCCCACCACCCCCACCCCUCAGCUUUAAGACGCCCACCCCCCCCCAUUCCUGUCCUGCCACUAUGUUUCAAAAGCUGCACCUUACUUAAUCCAAAGCGACCAAAGAGAAAAAAAAAACACCAAAACCUCACACAUGCUGCCAGUGUUUUGCUUUGAUUUGCUUUUAUUUUGACUGAAGCACCAGCAUGCACCCCCACUUUGACCCCCCGCCCCCUCAUAAAGGAAAAAAAAAUGCAUUUCAGCCCCCUAUGUGUGGCCCUCCCACCUAAUUAUGUAGCUUACCUUUGUAACCACAAAGUUAGACACUCUUGGAGAGCAAAUAAUGAUUUUUUUUCUCUUAUUUUAUAUAUAUAUAGAUAUAUAUAUAUUCUAUAUAUAUAUAUAUCUAUAUAUAGAUAUAUAUAAUGCACACACCCACAUGCAGAAAAUAUUUGUGAUAGUAUUGGGCUUUGAUGCAUGGACAUUUCCAAGAACGUGCACUUUGAUUCCUUUCUGUGACUCCUCCGGUCUCCCUGUUACAUUGUGUUGCACAACUUGGCUGCUCUACAGCAAGAAGCUGACGGGACAAAAAUCACAACCGCUAUUUGAACCGUGAACAUUUCCGGGGACGCCCGCUUGCUUGCGUGACUUUCUGUGAUUCCUUCGGUGCUCUCUGCGGGGGGGCUCGUGAUGUCAAAACAGGAACGGCACGAUUUAAAUACCAUUUUCUAAUACAAUCCCAAAUUAUCGGAGAAAACUGGAGGAGUCACAGAAAGGCGAAGACGGGGAUGUCUUUGAACGAAGGAAUUUGUGACAUUCGAUUCCUUGUUGGAGAGCGAUACCAAAACAUUCGACGGUCGGACGUGUGCAUUCAAAAGUUGCAAAUUCACAUGCAAAGGUUCUCGAGGAUUUUAUCCCCCCCCCCCCCCCCCCCCUCCCCGAAAUGUCCUUUCAAAGCCCAAUAUUCCCAACUUCUUGUGGGUUAUGCAUAUUGUUGAGUUAUGUUUUGGCCAUGUCUGCCUUUCUUCUGUGAAGCUGUAGACCGAACGUGUCCAAGGUCUCUAAAUGUUGUCGGACAUAAAAAAAAAAAAAAAAAAUUAAGAACCCUUUUGCACUGUGGUUUGAAAACAACUACGCACCUUGCUAGAGGACGGAGCGUCCUCCUUAAGAAAAAAAAACAAAAAAAAAAAAACUUGGCACCUUUUUUUUCAACUCGGCAGUAUGAAAAGAUGCCGAGUGGGAAGCGCUGACUGGUUUCUGGCAGAGGAGCAUCACUUAGUUAGUUAGCUUGCGCCGCCACUAAGUGCCUAGCGUAGCCUCGUAGCGUAGCAAUUUUUGUGCGUGUGUGAAAAUACGUUUACAAUGUGUUUAAGAAGUGUGUUUUAAUGAGUUUUAAAAAAACGAUUAGAAUACAGUCGUGCCUUGAGAUACAAUUGUCUUCGCGUUUCGAAAUCCGAGCCACUACUCUUCGCUUUAUCGACUACUCUUAAAAUAAUCAAACGCAUUUAAAACAUAACAAAGAGAGCGAGCAAGAGCAAUGGAUAGGACAAAAAAAUGUAUUUAGAGUGUACUGAACGGUCUGUUUACAGUAAACAACCCUUGUUUUUGUUUUUCAAACUAACGAAUGUAUUAUCUCAAAAUAUGAAAACCAUAAUUAUGCCCAAAAUGAACCUUGGAGGCAUCGCUUUCUGUAAGGCUGAUCUUGCCCUGUUCAUUUUUCCUCUCUCAAAAUGUACACCAUUGAAAACAUUUGUCUGCCAUCUAUACCCAGAUGGUGGAAUUACAGCCAACAUAAGCAAAGCUGUUUUCCCCAACAUUUUAUAAUGUGGCAACUGUUAUUACUCUGUUUUUACACCAUACAAUAACGUAGAGAGCAUUUUUUUCAGGGGUCCGGAACACAUUAAUUGCAUUUUAAUUGAUUUCAAUGACGAAAGCUGAUUUGAGAUAAGAUGGUGGACGUGGAACAAAUUCAGCUUGUACAGUAUGUCAAGGCACCACUGUUAUUAUUAUUAUUUUUUUAAUAUGGUUUCUCGAUAUCCUGAAUUUUGCAGAAGGUUAUCCCCCUGCAACAAACGGCUGCUGAUUGACUCGCCAGAGAAUCGACCUGUGAAUGUUUUGCGUCCGUUUACGUGACAUUGGAAUCCCGAGUGACCAAUUCGAUUUUAACGUAACAUCCGUUUGAGAACCGGAGAAUAUUCAUUUUUAAAACUAGCUCAAAAACAAAUGAAAUUGUUUACGAUUAAGCUUUGAAAUUCUGUAGGUAAGAAAUAAAAACAGACACCAGACGCGGGAAGAGUUUUCUGUUUUGUCGUGCAAUAUUUUUUUCUUUGUUCCAUUGGUAAAAUUUGAAUAAAAAGCCGUUAAGAAAAACAUAAUUUAUGUCGCGCAAAUUUUUGUAUGCUGUCGCAAAAAGAAAAUGAAGAGAAUUGAAUGAUAUAUAUAUUUUUUUGUCUUCCUUUCAAAAAUGGGACACUAUUUCAGGCCAAAUAUCUCGGGCAACCGCAGAAUUUUCAAACUUUGAAUUUCAAACAUUUUCUUCAAUGUCACCGAGUGGCAAAAAAACCCCCCCAACAACUUGGUUGUUAAUUACCAAAAAUGUCGACGUUAACUGUAAAUAUUUCCAUGUGUCAGCCAGUCAGAUGAUGAGCACCAAGAGAGUCAACCUAAGCAGUUUGACGACUUUCAUGUCAUCCCAUCGGAUUUAAUAUAAAAUGUUAUUUAUAUUACGAUUUUGUUUGAAACACAGUCUCUCUCUUUGACCACAAACCAGUCAGCUUGAAAAGACGUCAUUGGCCAAUAAUUGCAAACAUUCCACCACAGUCAUGUCAAAUAAUGUACAGUAAAACCCCUUUCCUCCCUCGGUAAUCGCACUACUACAGUACUCUUACAGUAGUAUUUGGACCUUUUAACACAUGUAACUCCUUUUGUCACUCUGUCAACCUUUAAGAUGGAAAAACAUACAGAAGUGCCGUAAAAAUAGACGCCUAUUUUUGGUUUGUUCUGUUUUGUGUGUGUGCGUGUUUCUUGUAAACCUGUAUAAUGUAUAUUUUAAUAUUUAUAUGCAGCUGUUGUAUUAAAAGUAUAUUUUUAAAAUAAAA